UUCUGAUAAGCAAAGCACUGACUUCCAAAAGCCACCGACCAAUCACAUUACUAAGUUAUAGUGCUAACAUUUGAUCCGUAGCUUGUUACUAACAUGGAUACUGCAAGAAGCGAAUUAGGUUAAUGAAACGAUGCAUGUAUGGUUUUAUGAGUGAGCACUUAACGAGCUAAUGCAUUCUGUUACCCUGAUUCUCACAGUAUUAUACUUUUAGUUUGAGCAAACGUGAACUUAGGACGGGGGUUUACAUGUUGCUGUUGUGCUUUAAUAGGGAUGAAGUUAGCCAAGGUCUGAAUUGCCAGAUAACUAUGCUAACCUCGGCUAGUUUGUUAGCAUCAUACAGCAUAUACUCUAUUCGGCUUGGAAAGUAUAUUUGGGAACGAUAAUCCCGACACUUACUGGUGCACACACUGCUAUCUGGCCUGUUUAUUCAUCAUGCUCACCUGCUCUGGGCCACUUUCACCUCUUCAUGCUCCUCCCAUGACAGCAGUUCUCCGUUCUGCUUUCUCUGCAACACGAAGCAGCAGUGUUGUGGGAAGCAAGCAGAAGGCAAUGACCUUCAACAGGCUCCUAGUCAACAUCGGAGGGGAUUUCAACCCAGACUCUGGUCACUUCCGCUGCCACAUCCCAGGAGUAUACUAUUUCUCUUUCUCAGUGGGCAAGUUUCCAAAGAAAAUGCUUUCAGUCAUACUGGUGAAGAAUGUGCAGGAGGUGCAGGCUAUAGCGUAUGAUGACUACCGCAAGAAAGGAAGGAAAGUUCAAAGCCAGAGUGUCAUGAUAAGUUUGAAGGAAAUGGACACUGUGUGGUUACUUUUACAGCAGAGUCCUCAGUAUGCUUUGUACAGCAAUGCUGGUCCAUACAUCACCUUCUCUGGUUACCUCAUCUAUCCUGACAUCUCUCCACACAGCUACAUCAGCAACCAUCUGUCCCCACCAGGGCUGUCCUACCCAAACUGCCCACCUCAGACUGAUCCCUGGGCCAGGAGUCAGACAGUAGAGCAGCCACGGUCUGCCUUCUCUGUGGCACGGACAUCCACACUCAUGGGGCAGAGUAGCAGGCACCAGGACAAGACCCCUCUGACCUUUGAUGUGGAAUAUGUCAACACUGGAGGCCAUUUCAACAAAACCUCAGGCCUGUUCACCUGCCACUUCCCUGGGGCCUACUUCUUUGCUUUCACUGUGGGGAAACAUCCUCGUAAGGCUGUUUCUGUGAAGCUGAUGACUGGGAAGGGUGAAGUGCAGGCGAUGGUGUUUGAUGAGGACACAUCGAAGAGACGGGAGAUGCAGAGUCAGAGUUUGCUGCUGUCUCUCCGUCGGGGUGACAGAGUUUGGCUGUACAGUCAGCAGGACGAGCGUUACGCCGUCUACAGCAACCAGGGGAGGUACACCACCUUUUCUGGUUUCCUUGUUUAUCCUGAAAUAAAACCUCAAGCCAACCAGGACAGAACUCACUUCUAAAUGUUUUAGCCCUUCAUGAUGUCUUUUUAAAAAUAGCAGAAAAAGACAAAAAGGUUCUGUUGGUUUUACUGAAAAUCUAUACGUUGCUACUUCAUCUGCUUCUGUAUCAUCCAAAAAAAUCAUGAAUCUGUCACCAGUACACUGCAAAAACAUUUACUGCUUAGUUUGCUUGCAUUUUAUUUUCUUUAUGGUAAAUAAUGUAAUUCCAGGGGUAAUAUUUGUUGUCACAUUGCUCCACAAGAUGGCGCUGUGACACAGUCAUGAACACUAACCAGCACAUGAGGUAGUUGUUUUUGCUUUUGAAGUGCUAUAAAAGUACAUGUGU